AUGAACCGGAGUUUCCACAAGUCUCAGACCCUGCGCUUCUACGACUGCAGCGCCGUGGAAGUCAAGAGCAAGUUUGGGGCUGAAUUCCGGAGGUUCUCCCUGGACCGCCACAGGCCUGGCCGAUUCGAGGACUUCUACCAGCUGGUGGUGCACACUCACCGGCUUGCCAGCACGGACGUGACCAUCGGCUACGCAGAUGUGCAUGGUGAUCUGCUGCCCAUCAAUAAUGAUGACAACUUCUCCAAGGCCGUGUCCAGUGCCUGCCCCCUGCUCCGGGUCUUCGUCCAGAAGCGAGCUCAGAGCCAAGGUACCAGCCCACUCAGCUCUCCUGCCAACAGCUCUGUGCUGCUGGGCCUGUGGGACCUGACGCUCAGCGGCUCGGGGCGCGAGGGCAAUGGCAGCAUCCACAGACUGCUCAGCUCGCUCAAGGACCCCCGCCACAGCCUGGCGCUUCCCCCGGGAGGCGUGGAGGAGCACGGCCCAGCGGUCACGCUCUAG